UGCUAGCGGAGGCAGUUCCGAGAGCUAUUCACCCGCCGCCCCCCUUAGCCCUCUCUUCCGAUAGCUGCGAUUGGUUAGGUCUAGUUUCAAUAUGGCGGCCAACGCGACUACCAACCCGUCUCAGCUCCUGCCGCUCGAGCUUGUGGACAAGUGUAUAGGUUCACGUAUUCACAUUGUGAUGAAGAGUGAUAAAGAAAUUGUUGGCACACUCUUAGGAUUUGAUGACUUUGUCAACAUGGUGUUAGAGGAUGUUACAGAGUUUGAAAUCACACCUGAAGGAAGAAGAAUAACAAAAUUAGAUCAGAUCUUGCUAAAUGGAAAUAACAUAACAAUGCUGGUUCCUGGAGGAGAAGGACCUGAAGUGUAAAUUGAUUCAUUUGUCAUCUAUGAAGACUCUUGUUAUAUAUUCUGUUAUCUCAAUGGAGUGCUUUUGGUUUUCAUUUUGUUUACAUUUAAAGUUGAUAUUUGAUAAAAGGUAAAAUUUCCUAUUCAGGGAAGAUGCAUUGCUGAUGCUGACUUUGUAAGUUAAAAUCAUGACUUUAUUGUAAAGACCGAUCUGCUGUUCAGAAUAAAACAAACAUUUUCUUUUUGUUAAA